GGGCUUUCCGCAGCCAUGGCGGACCAAGUGAGUGUGACGCACGUCGGGGGGCAAGCCAUUCAGCCAGGAAUCGGCGGUCCUGACGCCUCACCUCUUCCCUCGGUUGUGUGUGCCGUGAUGCAGGCAUCCAACAAAUCUGCCCGCAACACCGAUGGCGGCGCUAGAUGCUGCCAGAAAGACAACAGAGGGCCCAUCCGUGACCUCAGUGCAGCUAGGGAGCAGUUGUUCGACCUCACAGCAGCUGCCGCGCUCCUCGGAUCAAGGGGUAAGUGUUCAUGCGCAUCUCAGUGGUUGAUGCCUUCGUUUGUCUGUUUGUCUGUCUGUCUGUCAGCCGUUGGGGUCUACAACAUGGAGGUGCAGGGAGAGAAAGAGGUGGAGCGGGUUUUCAAGAGAGCCGCCAAGUGGCCUCACCUCGUCAUCCCACGGGCGGUGGCGAUGGCCGACGGCUAUUACGUCAAGAUCUUCUGCGGUCAGCCUCACCACUCAUCCGCCCACACGGGCUCUCUCACUUUCUUUCCCUCGCUGUUUGUAUAUGUAUGUCUGCAGAUACCAGUCAGAAGUUCCUGGAUUCGCUCAACAGGCACGUACCGCAAGUCUCCAACCCGACUGCGGCCUUGCCGCUGUCGACUGCCGGCGCAACUGUCGACACAAAUUCAGGCCCGACACCAUCGACACCACCGAGACCACCGACACCACCGACCCUACAGGGCGGUCAUCGUGUUCCAGGUGUCGCAGCUAGUCAACGACUCACCCGCACACGCGCACUCUCACUCGUACACACUCUUUCUCCGUGUGUUUGCAUGCCUCCUGGGCCACCCACGCCAUCGGCGGCCCCACUGCUGACAGACCGCCCCAUGUCGAGGGCGAGGAGGCCACCACCGCUACCACACACGAAGGACGCAGCGAGGGGCGUCUGUGUGCCACUGUCGGCCCGCUGAAUAGAUACAUAGAAAGAUGGAUAGAUAGAUUAGAUUCAUGCCAGGGAUGGACGGCUGAUGAAUGGGAGAGAAAGGGUCAAUUGGGGGGAUGUGUGUGUUGGCUGGCUAGAGCUACUGUAGUGUGAUGUAUAUCUAGUGCGUGUGUAGACGCAUGCGCAUGGCGCACGGACCUGUG